CAUGAUUUAAACCCGUCGCCUGAAAGAAGUCCGAAGGCUGGCUUUAUCCUAAGAUUAACUCAUUGUUAGUUUCACCCAGGUUAAUAUAUUUUAUAUAUGUGUAUUAAUAUUAGCAGAUUAUAGAUCAAUACACGUUGUGACAUAUACGGACAUAUUUGUUUCAAUGUUCGCAUGGAUUUAGAUACGUAAGCCUUCUUUAGCUGUUUAUGGAAUUAAGAAGGAAAACUUUUUAUAGAUGUCAUCUAAUUAAUGUGUAGAAAAACAUUGAACUGGUGAAGUACAAAAAUGGCUUGACUCAUUAAAAAGUGCCGAGGAGUAGUUCUUAAUAACUUGCUUUAUUUUAGUUCGUGAUUAUUUUUUUUUCCGUUACUUUCGUUCCUUUCAUUUGUGGAUUUGUAAACCAUAAGCAGUUCGGAGGUGAAAGAGGAAAAUGUUAUCUAGCUUUUCCUGGACAUCACUUGCAAUUUGUCUCAUCUUCGUAAGAUUAUCAGAAAGCGCCUGCACAUUUCCAUCAGAGAUAACGGGCGAUUGGUACAGCGCUUAUAAAGGAAAACUGUCAUUUAAUUCUACCCAUUUAACGGGAUAUCCCAUUUACAUGUCAGCCGCCGUGCAAUCAUUAGAUUUUGAGUGCUACAUAAACAGUGACAGAAAAUAUCUAUUAAGAGCAACAGAGACAGCCCUUGUGUUUGGUCAAUACAUUCGUGGUUAUUUGUGUGUAGAACUAUGGAGAGUUUCCAGUACAAAGUAUUACUAUUACCACGGAACAACAAUAUCUUCUACCAACAACGACCACGUUAAAGGAUUUAUUGAUAUUCUUAAAAAUGGAACGUUAGCGGAGACUUGUGAUAUAGCAGAACCGUACAACACGUCGUCGUUUGUAAUGCUAGUCAAAGAUGGUACAAUUACGACGGGAGCUUCAGAGGCUACGUGUGCGACUGAUCUAUUGGCGUCAUAUAGCUCUGUUUCAAUAACCGACUCUACCGGAAGUACGUCAUGUUCCAGUAACGCAAUGGAUGGCUGUACCGACAGGACAGAGAUGAGGUUCACGUAUGACGGUGGAUGUGGAAACACACAUAAAUUUUCAACUGGUGGUUUCUGGACCUGCAUGCAUAGUAUAAGUAGCGGAGGAAGCACCUACCUCUCGCUCUGGAACAAUGACAGUACAGUUGUUGGGACCACGUCCUACGCAUACACGUCUGGAGUAAACUACCAGUUUGCCUGUUUAGUUAUCAGUGGUGCGUCCGCCUCCAUGUUCCCAAACUAUUGCUCAGACAGUACACAGACAGCAUCCACAGUUUCAUCUCCAGGUCUGACAAUGUCAUUUACAGGAGCUACUCAGACUUGUUAUGAUGAAGUUGAAGGUGGAUCAAGUGCUGUGUACUACAUCACAAUAGUAUUAGGUGCCUUAUUUAUCAUAGCCUUAAUUAUCUUGAUUAUUAUUCUGAAAAAGAAAGGCUAUUGUUCUCUCGAUAAAUGCAAAAAGCAGCGACCUAGUUCACCAGAAAGCAGCGUAGAGCAGGGAGAACACGUGACUAAUACAGUAUUCAGAAUGAACAAAUUGGAUCCAAUCCCAGGAUUCAAAGCGAAGAGACCACUUCGAAUUGGGCCAAUUGUGGAGCCUAAUCUCGACAUCCUUCCAAAGGUGGAGCCCCUGUAUGCGUUGUCAGACAAGAAGGACACCAGUAAACCUGCAAGACGAGACGAUGAUGCAAUAUCUGUGGACAGCGUAGAUGAGGACAAUCCAUUUAAUUUCUACAAUAUCGCUAAGUUCGUGCUUCUUCCCAAAAUUGUCUCCAAGAAGAGUUUUGAUGUUGGAGCUCUUGCAGAUCCCAAACGAAACACACUUCACGAUAUCUUAGAGAUAAAGAAAUCAAAACUUAAAAGAGAAAGCAAGGCUUCCGAGGAGCUGGAGAAAAAAGAGGACAAAAAGGAGGAAAAAGACAGAGAAAAGGACAAGGAAAAGGAGAAAGACAAGAAAAAGACAACAGGAAAACCAAAGCUUGAAAAACAGAGUUCGAAAGAACCCGGGAAUAAAAAUCGUAAAAUGUCUAAAAAGUGAACAAAUGUUCAUAUGCAUAGUAUGAAUUAGAUGUAUAAAUGGCAAAAUGUGUAAUCCAAGACAUUGUUUUGGUUUUGAAUGAAGGACUACUUGAGAUGUUAAAUAUGGUUAAUUUGUUAAUGUUUUAGGGGAAUGUUGUUAUUUUAUUAUUUUUAACUUUAAUAAGACACAUUGGUGCAAUUGUAUAUAUAAAAUUCAUUAUGCUGAAGGGCAUAUCACACGGUAUCAACUUCAGUUUCCCUUUGCGAAUCAUCUGAUAUAUGAAUCAUCUGUACAAAAUUUCAAUUCCAAUUCACUUUGUGUUCGUCUUUUCUUUUUUGUAUUUUUAUUGCUUGUAAUAUAUACAUGAGUUCAGAUUUAAAAUGUAUUUACGAUUUGGAUGGUUUAAGUUUUACAAUUUUGCCUAAAAUAGAUACCUUAUUCCAAAGGGGGGGGGGGGGGGGGGUCUGGGAAUAUUCAAUGCUUAAGUGUGUAUUCAAUAUUUCAGGACUUGUGGGAGUAACAUAUACAAUCGCAUUGAACAAUUUUUUGUCCGUUUUAAAAGGGUCAGAUUAAAACAAAUAGGCGAAAUGGUCUCUAGAUGGCUUCAAUGAGACCUUCAGUAUUUCCUUUUUUUAUCUUCCGAACUUAUGAUCUUAUAUGUCACCCACACAAAAAAAAAAAACAUAUUUGCCAGAAUUUGGAAUUACAUAUGGAUGAUUUUUUUGGCAAACGUUCACGUUCUCUCUGAUGUAAUCCAAGUAAUGCAACUAACGUUUUCUUUUCUGUUUGAAUGUACUAUGUACGAUUAUCAAGGCCAGUCCCCUUUGUCAAACUACAUGGAACCUCAAGGUUAAAAGAUUCUAAAUUUGGAAUUUUAGUAAACUUAUUUUGAUACACUGUUAAAGUCAGGGACUGUCAAGAUCGUCUGGUCGAAAAUACAAAUUGUAACUUGAAAGGUAUUUUGAAUGCAAAUCUAUAUGUUCUUUAAGAAAUAAGAAAAGGUGUUCCGAUAAAGUGUAAUAUAUUUUGGAGACUUCGAAAGAAUUCUCUCAGAGCCUCUAUCUAUUUAUUUGUACUCAUGAAAGGAUGGCUUAUUUUUCGUCUAUGUGAAGAAGUUUCUGACAAGAAUUUUCAGAUGGACCCUUUCUGCUCUUCAUGGAGCCGAUUGUUUGUUACAUUGUUGUUUUUAUGAAGCUAAUUUAACUUUCAUA